UCCUGUGGGCGCCCUGUUGGCUUUUGUCUGUGAAAUAUCAAUGUGUGGCUUAUGGCCCGCAGCCUUACAUUUCUAAUUCUGCAUCUGCCUGUUUCCUCCGGAGUGGGUACGUAUUUGGCGCGUUGCCGCCGUGUUACCAAAUACGGCACGGCGGUGCGACCGGUGCACCGACUCUUCCGACGUCCAAGGAGCAGUAGACAGAAAUCGCACGGGGCCGUCAAUGGGGCUGUGCUGCACUGGUCUGGCAGUUAAGUGAAAGGUUCGUGCAGACGGACGGUGGUCUCGAGGGCGUCUCAUGCUGUAGCGCAGACUUCAUCUUUCGCGACGACUUUAAUCUGGGUGGGAAUCUUGCUCCUCCUCCCCUAAGCCCGUCCUGGUGCUAUGUCUUUGCAUCGCCCGCUGGGCUGCGUGUACGUCGCAGCACGUUAGUUCCGCGUGCUGAUGAAACUACCUGUUUCAUCAGCAUCCCGUUCUACAGGCCCAUCGUGUCGUGCCAAGCCGUCUGGCGCAGCGCACCCACGCCAUUCGUUGCUUCUAGUCAACAGUUGACCUAUGACGCCUGAAAGACGUACCUCCGUCUUGUUUCAUAGCAGUGGGAGUUCCCUGAUAUUUGCAACUCCACCGCAGAUCCCAGUCUACACGUGGUUUGCAUGCGCAAGGCACCUUCCCGAGGAUGCGCACCCCACUAUACGGGCUGCAGGGCUACUAGUCUUCUGCGAUAUUACAUCUCUCAUUAUUGCUCAAUAGCACAUACACAAUGACUAAACGCUCGAUCCUCGACGCUCUUUAUCGACUUAUUGUGACACCAACAUUCUGCUUCGUUGCUUCUGCCUAUCGUUAUCUCCUACUCGUUCACAUCGAUUCUCUACCUUACUUCGAUUAUCAAGCAAACGUUCUAGGUGAAGGGACUUCGGGCACUCAACGUGAUCCCGCCCUCAUCCCUCCAUGCGUUCAUGAACUCUGGACUGCAUCCGGCGCAGUGUGCACAUGUAUCUUGACUCUAUUAUUCAUCUCGCUACCCCUUCACUGCACAAGUGUCGCAACGUCAACAACCCUGGUCGCCAUCUGCUUUUGCUGCGUGUUCGCAAUGUCCCUUAGAAUAAUUAUGACCUGGCAUGUUUCCGCCACCGCCUCAACAUGGCCGAAUGCUGCCGAACAUUGGACCACUUUGACUUCCAGCCGCACCCAAUCAUACUUCUCGGCCACCCCCAUGCUUCUUGCGGCCCCGGUGGCAUGGGCAGCAUGGGCUUCCGUAUUGACAACGGUGCUGUUCUUCAUGGUCACGUACAACGGCUCCGUCGCUCUUGCCGUUGAGCAGUAUGUCGAAUUCGUGAAAGACAUGAAAGCCAUCGUGAACGGUUCCUACUCUUCGGGUACUCCAACAUUGCCGCCCGCAGGCGUGUGUCGGACAUCCCUGCUCACCGCAUUCGUCGCUGGUGUAGUGGUGGCGAUUGGGAUUCUGCACAUGUGCCUCAUCAUGACGCGUUUCUCCCAGCUUGGAGUCCCGUCAUCUAAUGAGACAAUCCAGCAUCCCCCAUCAUGCACCCCAGUCGUUUCGCGCGAAGAGCGAAGCAACCAUUUGAAUGGUCCCACUGACGCCGCACAUACCAUCGGCGACAACUCGUUGGCGUUCGUGGAGGAAGGGCGUCUCUCGGGCGAUGACCAGGAUCGGUGGGAAUAAGACCGUUACUAUACCGCUCCAUCGUCCCUUGUUCCAGUCUAACUUUCAUCAAAAUCUUUACGAUCUCGAAAGAGGUCGCAUCACGCAUUCAACUGCGCAUCCCCUUCACAUUCCUUACAUUUGCUGCUCCAUGAAUGUUUCUUUCUAUUUUUCGCUUUGUUCUUUUUAAUAUCUCGCAUCCGCCUCCGCGGCCCUGCCUAUUCUUUAAAUAAAGAAAAAAUAUUGCACUAGUUAUGCAUCCAUUAUUUCUAUUUAUUUGUUUGUCCGCUUUUUUGAUAUCUCAAAUUUGCCUUCGUGUUGACUCCUUUCCCUUCCUUCCCUUCCUUCCUUUCCUUCCUUCUUUUUUUGUUAUUCAAAAAUUGCGCUAGUCUCGCAUCCAAUGCUCUCUACCCGUGCAUUGGAUCAUAUUCCCCGUGUAUGUCGAGCCAGUUGUUCCGAUUUCAGUUGAUCCAUAGCACACGUUUUCGGCGAGGCACCUGUAAU